UACCAGCAUACGCUAAGGGUUGGUAUUUUAUGUUGUCUUCUAAUUCAUGAAGUUCAUACAUGGUUUGAAAUACCAUUGCUACCUGUCAUACUGGAAUUUGGAGCUUUUGAGUCAUAUUCACCAAAAUUUCAUUGUGAUUAUCAAUCAAUUGGAUCCAGCAAUCUUGGACAAUUGUUUUGAUGAUCUGUCGCUGAGGGAAAAAAUACACUGGGGGCUUGGCCUCGGCAAGAAGGGGGGAAAAACUGGGAGUUUGGUGCCUAAACGUACUUGUAUUGGUUCAAGUUUUGUAAUUUUCAACCAAUUUUGCACAUAGAUUGGGGCAUAUGUAUUUUUGUAAUUUUUUCCAACCAAUCUUGUGUCAAUGCUAUAAUUUUUUUUCUUUCUUGUAAAUAAAACAUGUAUUUUAAUAUCUGAUUACAAUGCAACAACCAAGUUCGAAGUGUUGAAGCAUUUGAAUAAUUGAGUUUUAGGGCAUUUGUUGAUGAUUAAAAAAACCCAUGAUCAUUUCUAUGAUAUGUAUUGCUUGAUAUUGCUGAUACCAUUAUAUCGCGACCGUUCUUAUUAUGUAUCUUGAUUUUGCGAUUUAGAAUACAAGCUAUUCUUUUCAACUGUAAGAAAAGGCAAACAGAAGAUUUAGAAGGAGAUUCACAUUGUGGAUAUGUGAUCCAAAGCACUAUCCAUAUCUUCUCUUUUCCUUUUUCGUUUCUUAAUCAUAAUAUGCUCUUGAUGAUAACAUUUGAUGUUUAAAAUGGACCAUGACCAAAAGCUAUCUGCAAACUACAAUAUUAAUAUAAAAUAGACUUGCAUAUGUAACACAAGUGAAGAACAAACAAAAAUAUUGCAAAUAAGACCAGAAAAUGAUGAUGCAAAAGUGGACAUAGAACUAUAAAUCCAACCCAUUCUCAUGGAAAUGGACAAAUAUAAAAAUGCUUUGAUGACCUAACAGAGAGACCUCAUACAUUCAAGCCAAUGGAGUUCCCACAAAGUAGUGUUUUCCACCUAUUGUUGCCAUCUAAUAUUUUUGUGUUAUCUUCACUUGCCCCAUGUAGUUUCUUGUAUAAGAAGGCUAGUCCUCUUGAGUUUCUUGCAACAAUAGUAGGUUAUUCAGUAGCCAUGGAAGAUGAAAAAUUGCGCAAAGGGCCGUGGUAUGAGGAGGAAGACGAGCGGUUGACUGCCAUUGUUGCAGUUAUGGGGGAAAGACGAUGGGAUUCAGUAGCGACAGUCUCAGGCUUAAGGAGGAGCGGCAAGAGUUGUAGAAUGCGAUGGAUGAACUAUCUACGUCCCAAUCUUAAGCACGGUCGACUGAGUGCAGAAGAAGAGAGGAUCAUUCUUCAACUUCACAAGCAAUGGGGUAACAAAUGGUCAAAAAUUGCUCGAAGGUUGCCUGGAAGAACUGAUAAUGAGAUAAAGAACUACUGGAGAAGUCAUUUGAGAAAGAAUGCACAAGUCCGAGAGCAAGGAAACUACGAUCAGAGCAUCACAAACAACGCGAAACAAGAUGUGUUGGUUCCAAAAUUUGAUAAUGGAGACUGCACAUCUGUUAAGGAGAACAUUUUGAGAACCACUGAUGAUCACUCUGAUGUGUUUGAAUUAUCAAACUAUGGAAUUGCAAGUUCUCCAUAUGAAGUCCGCAUAUCGGAUUGGAUGUCAAGUUGGUCAGAUGAGCAAAGUGAAGUGAACCGUCAUCAUGGGGAGUGUCAGAGUUUGGACUCAGGUUUCUGUUGUUACUCAGUGUGGAACUCUAAAGAUCACAGUGAUAAUGGUUUAUGGGACUCUUCUGAUUUCCUCUGGGACACAGACUAAUUAAAUUUGCUUCACUUUGAGUUUGAGGAGUGAAUAAAAGAGAAAAUUUUGACUGUAAAAUUGGCUUC